AUGAAACUUGCUUUGGUAAUUAUUUCCUUAAUAUCUCUGUUAAGUAUUUUCACUCUUAGUACAUUGAAAAAUAAUGUGAGCCUAAGAUCUGCUGCUGAUGAUGAUGAAUGCUUCUAAUCUACUUUAAAUUUGGACACAAACAAAUUAUGGAUAAGAAAUGUUUGUAAAAAAAAUAUGGCUUUUAAAUUCUAAUUCAAAUCUACUUAAUAUGAAAAAAAACCUGAAACCUUUGAUUUUGACACAGAUUGCCUUUUGCCAUAGCAUACUUAAUAAUUUGAAUUAGAUUUAGCAGAUAGUGAAUUCGGUGUUUAUUAAACAUCUCUUAUUUAAUAAACUAAAUGCUGA